AUGGCGGUCAGCAGUUACAAUCCGUUCGCUAAGCGCGAGGAAUUCACUCGGAACAACCUCAUUGCCUACAAAGUCCUCACCAUCCUCACCUGGCUACUACUGGUGGUUGUGGGAGCAAUUUACACGUUUAACAAGCCAGAAGACUGCAAACAUAAACACCGCUGCCACACAAUAUGGGGACAGAACAACCAUGUGGUCACGCCCUUUACCUUGAACUCAGUUGUCACCAGCAUUUACUGGGUUGUUGUCCUGAUCUUGCAAGCGCAUUACAUCCGGUACCUAUGGCAUGCGGAAAAAGAGCUUGUGACAAGUGCGGCCAAUGUUGGCAGCCAUUUCAUCUUUCAUAAUCUGCUCACAUUUGGAUUCAUUAUGCUCUGGGUUCGAGGCCAUUUCUGGCAGGGCGAGCUGCUCCUGAUCAUCAACUUGUUCAACCUUACCCUGCUCUACUUCGGCCAUCCCACCACGCCGCUCUUCAUCCACAUUCCAAUUGUGUCCGCUCCGCUGGCAUGGAAUUAUGUCGCCAUUCUAUGGGACGGAGCGGCUAUGGUUCACGCUCAUAGCCUGCCUGCCAGGAUCGUUGCCAAUGUCUUUAUCUGGGGUAUCUUGGUCCUGGGUGGCUUUUUCAUCCUUACAUUCAAGGACUACACGAUGGGAAUUGAGUUGGCAAUUCUGUCACUGUCACUCGGUCUCGGUCAAGUCACCUCUCACGUUAUUGCCGUCCAGUGGAUCUUUGCCUUCGUCAUUGCCGCAUCUCUAUUAGUGCUAUCUCUGAUCAUCGGGGCACCCAGGCUAUUUGGACAGGACAACAGUAUUCGGCAGGAAGGUGCGAUUGUCAGCGAGGAUCGGGAACGCGCGCCAUUGCUGAACGAUCAAUGA